CUGGCCACUCGUUAUUAUUCUCUUUUCGUUUAUAAAUAAUUAAUAUUUCCAUUUUUCCCCCAACUGGUUCUCUCAAACUCGAACAGAGAGAAUCAAGAUGCCUUUCUGAGAUUUUCUCGGGAAAACACUAAACUCCAUCUUAACUCUAGAUUGUCUUCAGGGACAGAGGAGAUCUGUGAAGUCAAGAUUUGAAGAGAGAGAAAGAGAGAGAGUUAGUUUCGAGUUUGUGGAUCAGAAAGGUCACUCUACUUCGAUCAUUUUGGUACACGUGGCGUAAUGGGUAUGGAGUCAUAUUGAUGAUGUACAAGUCCCCGAGUUCGUCUAACAUUCUUCUUCUUCUUUUGUCUCCAAUGCCCUUGUCUUGUUUCUGAUACUUCAAGAGAGAGAGAGAGAGAGAGAGAUCUUCAGAUCCGUUCGUUUCUUCUUUUUGCCUUUGGUCCGUUCAGCUGAACUGAGAGAAAGAGACAGCAGCAAAAAUGAUGAGAAACAAACCGACAAAUAUUCCGGCGACUAACGGCGGCAGAGUCUCCGGUGGCGGUGGCGGCAGGGAGUCAGGCGGUCAUGAUUGGGAGAUGAGACCCGGAGGAAUGUUGGUUCAGAAACGGAACCCGGAUUCGGAUCCUGUCGGAGCUAAACCGCCGCCGAUGAUUAGAGUCAGAGUCAAGUACGGUUCGGUCUACCAUGAGAUCAGUAUUAGUUCCCACGCUUCAUUUGGGGAGCUAAAGAAGAUGUUGAGUGGACCAACGGGCAUACACCAUCAAGACCAGAAGCUAAUGUAUAAAGACAAAGAAAGAGACUCAAAGGCCUUUCUUGACGUUUCGGGAGUGAAAGAUAAAUCCAAGAUGGUGCUUAUCGAAGACCCGAUUAGCCAAGAGAAACGUUUCUUGGAGAUGAGGAAACUCGCCAAAACCGAAAAGGCGUCCAAAGCGAUUUCCGAUAUUAGCCUCGAAGUUGAUAGGCUCGGAGGACGUGUUUCGGCGUUUGAAAUGGUUAUUAAAAAAGGAGGGAAAGUUGCGGAGAAAGAUCUUGUAACGGUGAUUGAGCUGUUGAUGAAUGAGUUGAUCAAACUGGAUGGGAUUGUAGCUGAGGGAGACGUUAAGUUACAAAGAAAGAUGCAGGUGAAGAGAGUACAGAACUAUGUGGAAGCACUUGAUGUUUUGAAAGUGAAGAACUCUAUAGCUAAUGGGCAGCAGAAACAGUCUAGUCGUCAGAGACUUGCAACAAUUCAAGAACAUAGGCAAGAACAGAAACCGAUACAAUCUCUUAUGGACAUGCCUAUAAACUACAAACCUAAGAAGCAAGAGAUUGAGGAGGAGCCAGGAGCAGGACCAAUUCUAAUGGAUUCUUCUACUAAAUGGGAAACAUUUGAUCAUCAUACCGCGACGACAACUACUCCAUUGAGCUCGAAUACUGCAAAUAAUCAUGUCAUCCCACCCAGGUUCAAUUGGGAAUUCUUUGAUUAAAGAACUCAAAUUUGAUGAGACCUUUUUUCUUACUUGUAUGCUUAAUUCUUGUGUGGAGGUGUUUUUUUUUUCCUUUUUCAUCUUCUACUUGUUUCUUCUUCUUUAUCAUCAUCAUGAUUCUUUUCAUGUAUUUAGAUUCUUGUGGGCGUUGUUGUUGUGCGUUAUAAGAAAUAAACAGAGACGCUACUACAGAUAAUUUUAUCA